CUGGGGCAAAGGAACCUCCGUGCACGGUGCUGGAUGAGAAGGAUCCUCACCCCCGAGUGGGUUCUGAUGGGUUUAGAGGGGGCAGCGGGUAGGAUGGGACCUGGAAAGAUGGGCAGCACCCCCUGCCUAGGAAAAAACUCCAGCACAGCCUUUCCUUGGAAGAUACUGAGACACCAGCAGUCCUCCAGAGCCACCAGCAUCCUUCCAGAACCACCAGCACCCUUCCAGAACCACCAGCAUCACUUAUGAGCAACCAGCACCACUCCAGAGCCACCAACAGCAUUCCAGAACGACCAGCAUCCCUCCAGAGCCACCAUCACCCCUCUAGAGCCACCAGUACCCUCCAGAGCCACCAGCACCCUUCCAGAGCCACCAGCACCCUUCCAGAGCCACCAGCAUCCCUCCAGAGCCUCCAGGACUCUUCCAGAACCACCAGCAUCACUUAUGAACCCCCAGCACCCCUCCAGAACCACCAGCACCCUUCCAGAACCACCAGCAUCGCUCCCAGUGUGAGGCUCUGGAUGCUGGGCCGGAGCUGCUCAGCCCCAGCCAGGGCUGGAGUCACCAGGAGGGCAGGAUGGGGUUUAAGAGGUGUCUCCGGGGUCAGAAAAGCCGUGGAGUCACCGGGACCGCAUCCCCCAGGCUCGGCAGAGCCUUUAAAUAUGUCAGGAAUGUUCCUCGCACCUCCCCUUCCCCCCCCGCACCGCCAGCCCAGCUGCCAGCUCCGCACCGACACGGCACCGGAGGACCCACCAGGACCGGACCCCCACUCAGCCCCCGGAACCAUCACCCAUCUGGGACGGGAUCCCCACCCAUCCUUAGGGGUCUUUCCAGCCCCCAGGGCUAUCACUCAGCAGGAUGGGACCCCCACCCACCUGGGACGGCACCCCCACCCAUCCUUAGGGGUCUGCCCAGCCCCCGGAGCCAUCACCCACUUGGGAUGGGACCCUCACCCAUCUUUAGGGACCUUCCCUGCCCUCCCAGCCAUUACCCCACGAGGAUGGGACCCCAACGCAGCUGGGAUGAGACCCCCACCCAUCCUUAGGGGUCUUUCCAACCCCCGGAACCAUCACCCACCAGGACCGGACCCCCACUCAGCCCCCGGAACCAUCACCCAUCUGGGACGGGACCCCCAGCCAUCCUUAGGGGGCCUGCCCAGCCCCCGGAGCCAUCACCCAGCAGGGAUGGGACCCCCACCCAGCUGAGAUGGGACCCCCAGCCCGGGGGUCUGCCCUGCCCUGGGUGGGCAGCGUGGGGGUGAAGGCAGAGGGAUGCAGAGCAUCCCAGGGGGGUGUGGGGGGGUCUGUUUGCCUCUGCUCCCCACAACCCAUCAAAG